CAAAAAUUCAACCAAACUAUUGAAGUUAAACGACAUUUAACUACCAAUAAACGAAAGAUUGCCACUCGGAUCGUAGAACGAGAAAUUGCGCUCGGAUACGAUCGUCGAAUUGCGUAUCGUAUUGCUGUCGUACCGUAUAUCGAAGAGGAAGAAGGAUUGCCUUGUUUUCCUGCUGCGAAAGUAGUUCGUUUCGGGCAUUCACUCAUGUGCCAGCAAAUCCAGCUUCCUUAACUUGCAAGGUUAUAUUUUGAAAGACCAUGCUGUAGUUGAGAGGCCAACUAGUUUGAAACAAACCAAUUAUUGGCUGCAUUGAAUCUUUUACAAUUCAACAACCCGUAUCAAAUGUAAACUCGUGAUUGUAGUAAGAAUCUUAGGGAAAAGUGUUUACAUAAACUGUCCUUUAUUCAAAAGCAGACAAAGUACUCAUAUUGAGAGCAACAUGAAACCAAUCGUAGUGGCCGAUGAGAUGUUCCCAGAAGGUCCAGGGCCUUUUUUGGAUCUAGAAGAGGCUGGAGGAUCUACCGGACUCUUGAUGGAUUUGGCGGCCAACGAAAAAGAUGUGCAUUCUGAUUUUUUUAAUGAUUUCGAAGAUCUGUUUGAUGAGGAUGAAGAGAGUCAGAUAUAGUCUUGCGUCAUAGUCAUAUAGUCAGAUAUUGCCUUGCGAAUGAAAAAUGAUCCGAAGUUUUACGACAUUUCUUGCUCCAAAUCAGGCAUAGGGUAUAACAUGAAGCUGAUAUGGUAUAGACGGACUAUGAAAACAAAAACAACACCGAAGCUUCCACGGAAAAAAUGUUAAACUAAAUUGUAAAAUGAAUAUAAGUUCUGUUUG